AUGUUCAGUCGAUCAUCGUCAAAACAACACGGUUUUGCGAAGGAGCAUCGUAGUCGGGACGCACAAGUCUCGAGCUUACUUGAGCUUGGACUGUCAAGCCCUCCGUCAUCCGAAUCCCGCUCGCUCCGGGCUUUUCAGUACUUCCGCAAGAAAAACAAACAACAGAACGAUUGGGUGGAUUACCCUUCUCCUUCCUUCCCUGACAAGAACCACUCCAUUUCGUCCGGUUCUUUCGGCCCAUCGCUCCAUCGAACCCCGUCGCAUAGGUCGGUCGCAUCCUACGGCUCGGGCGCAUCCAGGGAUACCGUGAGACAAUCCGACUCGCGCUACCGUGCGGCGUCGGCCAUGUCAGGCAUGAUGAACUCGGACAGGAGUCGCACGCGGAGGGAGCGUACCUUCGUGGGAAGCGAGUGCGCUGUGUGCGAGGAGCCGUUGGAGCACACGCUGCGUGGUGAGAGGAUCCUGCAGUUUUCCUGCUCGCAUGUCUCUCACGAGGCAUGUUUCUACGAGUUCAUCCGCGAAUUUGAGUCGCAAUAUUGUCCGUCCUGCAAUGCGCCGCUGCAUCUUGACACGAGCCGGGGAGGCAAUGUGUUGGAUAUUGGUAAGACCAGAGACCACCGUCCUGUUCUUCGCAGCGCUGAUGAGACUCCCGAACCUGCAGAGAAGAUCACCAACAUGGUCCGGUCCGCAUCCGUCAGUGACACCAGGUCGCAGCAAACACCAACCUCCACAACACAACAACAGCAGUGGGAUGACCCACCGCAGCCGCCGCCGCCGUCGAAUCCCAGAAGCGUACAUUCGAAUAAUGGACGUGACAGUGGACGUGACAGUGGAACAAGGGGAAGCAUGCGCGACAGUCGGGACACCCCCUCGGAACGGGAGAGACAUGGUGGACGCCAUGUCCGGAGUGACAGCGAGGCAACCGGAGUCGCAUCGUCCGGCGGCUAUCCCGAGACCAUGCAAAGCGGCCCCCAGCGCCGGCACGACUAUGAUUUGCAGGCCAUGGAGACCACCCCCGCGAGCCCACGGCCAAUUACCCGGAAUCCUAUUCCCGCACCAACCGUGACAGUCCGCUCCGAGUUUCCCACGAUCAACAGGUCACGGCAACAACAGACUCUGACCUGCCUGGUAACAGUGGAAGUAUCCGACGGCAAGUGGAGGCCCGACCCUGACGAUCUAGGCACCGUGGCCCCCAUGCCACCGCCGAGAAUCGAGGAAGCCUUCGCCCAGACGCCCCCGUCACCAGCACGGAGUAGUCGGCCGCGCUUUUACCCCUAUGAGCCACCCGAGGUUCUGGAGGAGAUUACCGAAACCCUGAGGACUCGUGUGGACAAUUGGCAUGGGUUGGACUUUAACAGAUUUGGCAAACUGCGCUUGUAUGGCACACUUCGAGUAGGCAAGGAUAAGGUUUCCUGGCAAGAACUUGAGUGUUACUUGUUCGCCGAGAUGCUCAUUUGCGUUAAGGAGAAGAAAACACUCUCAACGGCGCAACAAUGGGACGACAACGGCGCCCUGCCCAGAAAGUCCACGCGAUGCACCUUGAAAGGCUCGAUUCUCAUCAAAAAACAUCUCAACGAGGUUUCCGAGACGGGUUCUGUCGACGAAAACGUUCUCACACUCAGCUUGUCCGUUACCGAGCUGCCGUCUUUCCACCUGCGGUUUGACAAUCGCAAUCAGCUCAAGCUGUGGCAACAGGCCCUCCUCGACUUGAAUGCGGUUGAACGAUCCCCAGUAAGGAGUCCUGGGUACGAUCGCGACAUGUCGGAAACUGAGGAGGAUGAUUGGGCCCGAGGAAGCCGUCAGCAGCGAGGAUCUUCUCUGGCCUCAUCGUCUGGCUGGGGUGGACCCAAAUCUUCCACGACUGCGCCGACCGACUACACCAACUUCGCCAAAAAUGCAUUGCCAUCUUCAAUCCACGUGCCCAUUGACGUCGUAGUAGUGGUUCCCAUUUCAUCGUCCAUGCAGGGCGUCAAGAUCAACCUCGUCAGGGAUGCCUUGAAGUUCAUGGUCAGCAAUCUUGGUGAGCGGGAUCGCAUGGGUUUGGUGACAUUCGGCUCGGGAGGCGGUGGUGUCCCCAUCGUUGGUAUGACGACAAAGGCAUGGCACGGGUGGAACAACGUGCUGGCUUCAGUCAAGCCGGUCGGACAGAAGAGCCACCGGGCCGAUGUGGUGGAAGGGGCCAACGUGGCCAUGGACCUCUUGAUGCAGCGCAAAUACAACAACCCCAUCGCGUCGAUCAUGCUCAUCAGCGACGCAUCAACGUCAGAUGUGGAUAGCGUCGACUUUGUCGUGUCGCGGGCCGAAGCGGCCAAGAUUGCAAUCCAUUCAUUCGGUCUGGGUAUGACGCACAAACCCGACACCAUGAUCGAGCUAUCCACGAGGACCAAGGCGUCCUACACCUAUGUAAAGGACUGGAUGAUGUUGCGAGAAUGCCUGGCCGGCUGUUUGGGGUCAAUGCAGUCACUGUCACACCAAAACGUCAAGCUCAAGCUUAAGCUCCCAGAGGGCUCUCCGGCCAAGUUUUACAAGAUCAGCGGCGCCUUGCAGAUCACCAAGCGCGCCACGGGUCGUGAUGCGGAAGCCUCGCUUGGAGACCUCAGAUUUGGCGAUAAACGGGACAUUCUUGUGCAACUCGUCAUUGUUCCCGACAACUCAUCACAGGAGCAAAUGCAACAGGAUCCCUGGGAGACCAUCGUUUCUGGCUUGGAGGCUCUGGGGGGGCCGAUGGACCCAGAGGAUCAGAGGACCCUGUCGGUGGAGGAACUGCCACUUCUUCAAGCCGACCUGGUUUGGGGUGACAUUCUGCGAGAAGGCACUAUGAUGCAUCUACCGCGACCGUCGCUCCUCGCCAUCACCAUGCUCCCCCCUGUGGCCAGCAAUAAGAAGGCAUCAUGGCAAAACAACCCGCCGAUCCCCCCUCAUCCACAUAUUGUCCAGCGCCGCAUGGAGCUACUUACGUCCGACAUGCUCACGAGGGCGUUGACGCUGGUGUCACGGGGCCAACACGACCGUGCCCACACCCUGCUAAACGAGACAAGGUCAAUACUGAAAGGCUUGGGGAAGGGUGGCCUGCCACCAAUUCCCCCUCCACCAAUGCAGAGUGGCAGGUCAAAUCCUUCCACUCCACACACGGUCUUAGAUGGGUCGCCGACAUCCGCGACCCCAGACAGAAAACACACACCGUCUCCUACGGCUUCUGCUACUUCCUCAGCCGUCAACGGCUUCCCCUCUGCAAUAACCCAGAGCCGGUCAAAUGAUGGCUUGGCUUUGGGCAGCGCUGUCGGCAUAGACGCACACACUGUAGCCGCUCUCGAUGCCGAACUUGAAGCAAGUUUGGAAUGGAUAAGCCAUCCAGCUGUCUUUGGCCGCGACAGCCGCAAGGCGGUCUUGCAGGCCAUCGGCGUUAUCAGCAGCCAGCGCGCCUACACAUUCCGAACCCCAAUCGAGAGCCUCUGGGCUUCUCGCGUGAGCGGCGUCAAGCGGCUCACAGAUAAGAGCCGCGAGUGGAGAGAAGAAGCUGGUGGUGAGGGGAUCAUCGAGGAGGCAUGA